CUCUUCCAUCAAAACUCCAUUUCAUUCUGUUACAAACAUUUGAGCGGUGAACUUCUCGGUUAGUUUUUCAGUGUUUACAAAAAUCUUUUUCAAUAAAAUCAAAUUAUUUCCACUUCUGUUUUUUGUGAAAUUAAAUCCUUAAACAAAAAUAUAAUCAAGUAUGGCUCGUACCAAGCAGACAGCUCGUAAAUCUACUGGAGGCAAGGCCCCACGUAAACAGCUGGCCACCAAGGCAGCUCGUAAGUCGGCACCAUCUACCGGAGGUGUAAAGAAGCCCCAUCGUUAUCGUCCCGGUACCGUGGCUCUUCGUGAAAUCCGUCGUUACCAGAAGUCCACUGAGUUGUUGAUCCGCAAGUUGCCCUUCCAGCGUUUGGUGAGAGAAAUCGCACAGGAUUUCAAGACCGAUUUGCGUUUCCAGUCUGCAGCUAUCGGCGCCCUCCAGGAAGCCAGCGAAGCCUACUUGGUCGGUUUGUUUGAAGAUACCAACUUGUGCGCAAUUCACGCCAAGCGCGUAACUAUUAUGCCAAAAGACAUCCAGUUGGCUCGGCGAAUCCGUGGAGAACGUGCUUAAGUCAACGUCGUCUCAACAACUCUUUAUUACUUUAAUAUUACUUACAACAGCAGCAUAAGUUUUCUCAAAUGGAUGAUGAUGAAUAGGAUGACGCGAACAAACAGCAAUAGCAGCAGCAACAACAGUGUCUCGUCAUUCUUUUUAUUUGGUUUGGCGGGAUGCUGGUUUCCAGAAAAGACAAGCAGAUGCAACAAACACCAUCUACUAAAUUCUGUCUCCUUAUGUUUUCGGACAAAGCAUCUCCAUAUUAGAAGUUAUGUUUUUUUUCGGUAUUUAUAAUUAAUGUUUAAGGUUAGAAUUACACAAAAAGAAAACAAAAAAAAACUUUAAAAAAAUCCCUUUUGUUAGUACGAGGGGAGUUAGUCUCCAUUUAUUUAUUUUUUGGAGAAAAGUUGUAAUUUUCCUUAUAAGUACUCUUAAUAAAAAAAAUCCUCAAAAGGGAA